AUGAAAAAUAGCACCGGCGGCAUCUCUUCUUCCGCAUCUCCACAGCGUGAGGUGGAAGUGACGGUGUAUGAUAGACUAUUAGAUGAGAUGCGUGUAUUCCGCUGUGAUGUCCGUUUACUGGAAAAGUCCAUGGUAUACUUUGUGCCUAUUAUCAGACGCUAUUUAGAAGAAGAAGAGGAGGAAUUAGAGGAAAAUAAGGCACUCAUGAGGGUUAAUGGUGAAAAGGAACAAGAUACCGUAACGAACACGACUCCCAGGACUACUUCUACUUCUACUACUACUAAUACAGCUACUACGGUUACUGCUACGGCUACUACUACUACUACGAAUAAUAAUAAUAAUAAUAAUAAUAAUAAUAGUAAUAGCAGUAAUGGUGAGAAUACUAGUAUUAUCUCUGGUAAUGUAACUAGUGGUAGUUUAAAAAGCCGUGAGGAUGAGAUUUCUUCAAAGAGGAAGCAACAAACUGUACUUCCUCCUAUUCCUUUACGUGUGAAUUGUGAUAUGGGUAUCUUUUCAUGGUUAAUGGCUUAUGUAGAAGGAAAACAACGUCCACUUACACCAGAUAAUGCUGUUUCUAUAGCACUUUCCUCAAACUUUCUAUGCAUGACACCACUCGUUGAUGUAUCUUUACAAUUUAUUAGAGACCACUUUCUUCAAGUGUUAUUAUCUGGGGUAAAUAUGGAAUGUCUGACGGGAGAGUUGUUAGCAAGAUUAUCUGGUAUGCUUACAGAAGGUGAUAUUGCGAGAGCCUUUUUAAAAUUAUUUGAAUGUCAAGCCGAGUAUACAUCUAAUCGUAGAUUCCUUACAGCAGUACUUCGUCAUAUGGUUUGUGAUCGUUUUGGACAAGGAAGAUCCAGUGGAUUGCGAUGGUGUCGAUACUGUGGAGUUCUCUUUGAUGAUCAUGAAUAUAAACGAGUAACUCGUAAAGGAAAAAAUGUUAAACCUAUCCCUUGUCCAAGACUUACUAAGAAUUCUAUAGGUACCCAUGGUGAAAUUCUCACCACACAUACUUCCUCACAACAUCCAGUUAAUUUAACUUUCCCUUCUAUUUCAUGGAGUGAUGAACAUGUAGAACGAUGGGCAUGGCGUGUUAUUGGAGCCACUUAUUUCUUUUGGUGUCGUCAUUGUAAUAGUUAUAUUCUUCUUAUAGAUACUAUUCAUCAUAGUUGUCAUGGAGGAUUAGGAAGUUUUUCCUGUGUUGGAGGAGGUAACCGUGCGGAUGGAGAAAUACUUCUGGCGUGGUAUACUGCAGCAAAAGAUCUUUACAUGGGAGGUUUAACACCAAUGUACUCUCAACAAACAGAAAUACCAAGAGAGAGUUUUUUAGAACUUUCAUACUCAGGAGAAUGGAAUUGUGAUGAUGGGAGUGAGCGUAUGGUGCCAGGUUUAUGGUAUACUCAUCCUAUAGCUUUAGAAAAAUCCGUAGAUGCAGAAGGAAAAGUAAAUAUAGAUAAUCAAAACGGUUUUGAACGAUGGCUCGCGGUGGAAUUACAAAAAAUGAUGGAUGAGUUUGGUGGUGGAUCUACUCAUCCAAGUCAAUUGGGAAGUGAAACUACACGAACACCAACACCACCACCACCAUUAUUAAUGAAUUCCACCUUAAUGAGUACAAACAUAACAAAUCCAUUUCCUGGUUCCUAUGGUAAUAAUAAUAAUAAUAAUAAUAAUAAUAAUAAUAAUAAUAAUAAUAAUAAUAAUAAUAGUAAUAGUAAUAGUGUUGGUAUGGAAGGCCAUGGUGGGAAUACAGCAAACUCUACACGUCCACCUUUUCGCGGUGGUAAAGUCGUUGAUAAUCGCAUGGGAUUUGGCAAUGGAAAUGAUUCCAUGGGAAAACGACGGGAUGUACAACAGGGCAUGGGUGUUCAACGAAUGAAAAAUACGGGAUUUUCACGAACACCGAAUGAAAGCGGUAGAGGCAUUAUGAAUCCACAACAACCAACAUCAUCUUCCUUCGCACCUACGAAUAGAGGAAACAUCACACAAACAGGAAAAAUGUCUAUGCAAGGUCUACUCAGACUUAACUCGGGUCUUGGGAAACGUAACCCAACUGUUUCACAAACACAGCGGUAA